GUUAUUUACCUGACAGGAGAGUCGGAGAUGGGACAAGUGAGCUCCCGCUAGCCGUCGCCGUGUCACCAUGGACAGAGACACCUCAGAUUCUGCUCCUCAGACGGGACAUCCUGGCGACAGGAUCGACCCGUAUGGGUUCGAGAGGCGCCAGGAUUUUGAGUCGUACCAGGAGAUGAUGAAUGAGUACGUUUCCGUGCUCAACAGAAGGUCCAUGAGGUGGUCCAAGCUGCUGCAGGGGAAGACCCAGGUGGAGAAGAAUCUGACAGUGAAGAGGUUUGUGCGAAAAGGAGUCCCCAACGAACACCGAGCCAGGAUCUGGAUGGCAGCCAGCGGCGCCCAGGAGUGUCUGGACAGUCACCCGGGCUACUACCAGUCGCUGCUCAACAUGGAGCACGACGCCAAGCUGAAGGAAACCAUCCAACUAGAUCUGCACAGAACCUUUCCUGACAACGUCUUCUUCAGGACCAAGGCCGACCCGGGCCUGCAGAAGACCCUCUACAACGUGCUGCUGGCCUACGGACACCACAACAGGGCGGUGGGGUACUGUCAGGGAAUGAACUUCAUCGCAGGCUACAUCGUCAUCAUCACCAAAGAUGAAGAAAAAUCCUUCUGGCUGAUGGAUGCAUUACUGGGAAGAAUACUACCAGAGUACUACAGUCCGUCCAUGCUGGGCCUCAAGACUGACCAGGAGGUUCUGGGGGAGUUGGUCAAGUCCAAAGCACCUGCUGUGGGUCAGCUGAUGGCCCAGUACCCAGGGAUAUGGACCCUGGUGGUGUCACGUUGGUUCAUAUGCCUUUUCAUUGACGUCCUUCCAAUAGAGACGGUGCUGCGGGUCUGGGACUGUCUUUUCUAUGAAGGCUCCAAAGUCCUGUUCCGCGUGGCCCUGACCCUGGUCAUCCGCCACCAGCCAGAGAUCCUGAGAUGCCGCUCCCUGCCUGACGUGUGCGAGUGCUUUAAGCAAAUCGCCAGAGGAGAGUUCACCCUGGACUGCCACACCUUCAUGCAGAAAAUCUUCACACUUCCCGGGACUCUGUCGAUGACGACGAUUGAUAGACUGAGGAACAAAUGUCAACAAAAGAUUCAAGACGACGAAACCGGCCCCAGAUGAACCGUCCACACAGGCUUUAGCUUCCUCUCCAUCUCUAUCUCUCUUCUCGUGUAAAUAAAAGCCCAAGCUUUCGGUUCACUCACUUUUAUUGAUCUUUAGAAAACAAUUAAAACCAAUAAAUCACAACAUGAUUAGAGGUGACGCAGAUGUAAACGUAAAAAAAAACAAACAAAAAAUAUGUACAAGUACU